AUGAGCUUUCUUCUUCGUUCAAUAUGUUUCCUCUUCGUUUUAAACAUUCUUAACACGUUUGCUUCUCCUACACGGCACUUGUGUCGACCCGAAGAAAAGAAUGCCCUUUUGGAGUUCGUGAGUGAGUUUGAGAUUCGGAAUCUUGACGAUGAUGUUUUUUCUAGUUUUUCUUAUCCCAAGACGAACUCGUGGAGCAACAAGAGUGAUUGCUGUUCAUGGGACGGUAUCAUGUGCCAUGCCAAGUCUGGUGAAGUGGUCGAGCUAGACCUAAGUUCCAGUUGCUUCCACGGCAAACUAAGUUCCAAAAGCAGUCUUUUUAAACUGCAAAGGCUCCGUGUCCUUAAUUUUGCUUACAACGAUCUCGGCUCUUUUGAGAUACCUAGCCAGCUCGGUACACUCAAGGAGUUAACACUACUCAACCUCUCAAACACUUUGUCAUCUGGUCCAAUUCCAACAGAGCUUCUUCAUCUAACCAAGUUGGUGUCUCUUGACCUCUCUUCUAACUCAUUAUCAGCUCAAAAGUCAUUUCUUAACAAUCUUUCCCAGAAUUUGACAAACCUAGAGGAGCUUAACCUAGGUCUUGUAGACAUUUCUUCAGAAAUUCCUCCAAAUAUCUCAAAACUAUCCUCUCUCAAAUCACUCUCUCUUGAUGACUGUAACUUGUUUGAUAUGGUAGGAUCUCUUCCAGAGUUUAAUAGAAAUAACUCUCUUGUUUUCUUGGACCUCUCUUGGAUAUCCCUAGGUAACUUACCUGUCUCCAUCAACAACCUUAAACACUUGACUACUUUGAGACUUGGGUUUUGCAAUUUACAUGAACAGAUUUCAUCUUCACUUGGAAACUUAACCAACCUAUCCUCUCUUGACCUUUCAUCUAAUUUUUUCAAUGGUCAUAUCCCUUCUUCAUUUGGAAAUCUUCUCCAUCUUACCUCUUUAGUCCUUUCUUAUAAUAGACUUAGUGGCCAAAUCCCACCUUCCUUUGCCAAUCUUAAUCAACUUACUACCUUAAGUCUUGUUUCCAAUAAGCUUAGUGGUAACUUUCCUCUUCCAUUACUCAAUCUCACAAAGUUGUCAGAGUUAUCACUAGUCAACAAUCAUUUCACAGGUACACUUCCUCCAAACAUAAGUGCACUUUGCAACUUAGAGACCUUUGAAGCAAGUGAAAACAUUUUCACUGGAACUCUCUCUUCUACUCUCUUCAACACCCCUUCUUUGACUUACAUCGAUUUGAAAGAUAAUCAACUCAAUGCCAUUCUUGAGUUUGGGAAUAUCUCUUCACCAUCUAAGCUAGAAAGGUUAUCACUUGGCAAUAACCAUUUCAAAGGGUCUCUCCCAAUAUCCAUUUCAAGCUUAGUCAAUCUUUACAGCCUUGACCUUUCUUAUUACAACACGGGGAUGUCAGUAGACUUUGGUUUCUUAUCACAACUCAAGGGUCUCAUAGAUCUGGACAUAAGCUAUAUAAACACCACAAAUAUAGUUGACUUGAGUACCAUCUUCUUACAUCUCAAGUCCCUAUCUUCACUGCAGCUGUCAGGGGUACAUGUCUCGACCGCGAAAAUGGGUUUAGUUUCUAAUCUACCAACGAACUUAGGCACCUUGCACUUGUCAGGCUGUGGUAUCACAGAGUUUCCAAAAUUCCUAAAGAACCUACAAAAGAUGUCUCACUUGGAUCUCUCAGACAACAAAAUCAAAGGUGACGUGCCACAUUGGCUGUGGAAUCAUCUACCAAUGUUAGCAGUCCUGAAUCUACGCAACAACUCUUUCACCGGUCUUGAAAGAUACUCAAAUGAUUCAUCUAGACUGGAGCUUAGUGUUCUAGAUUUGAGUUCAAACGCGUUCCAAGGACCGUUGUUCGACCCACCAGUCUCCACAGAAGCAUUACUCGUCUCCAACAACAACUUCACAGGAAAGAUCCCUGAAUCCAUAUGUGAGCAGAGAUAUCUACAAACCCUUGAUUUAUCCAACAACAGCUUCACAGGCUCAAUACCUCAAUGUCUAAAGAAUCUGAACAGUUAUCUUUCAUUUCUUAACCUCCACCAUAAUCAACUCAAUGGAAGUAUUCCAGAAAUAUUCACCAACGCCGCUGACUUAGUAUCCAUUGACGUCAGCCAAAACAGGUUGGUUGGGAAGCUUCCAAGGUCACUGAAGAGCUGCACUAGCCUCGAAGUUCUCAACGUUAGAAGCAAUGGAAUCGACGACACGUUUCCUUUCUGGCUGAAUACUUUGCCUGAGCUAAAAGUCAUUGUCCUCCGCAACAACAACUUCAAAGGACCUUUACACCGUCAUCAUCCUUUCGGAUUUCCCAAGCUGCAAAUCAUUGAUGUAUCCAACAAUGGCUUCAACGGGACACUACCAUCAGAUUACUUUUCAGACUGGAACAUGACAAGACGUGAAGAUCGGUCGGGAGUUAUUUACAUCAGAUAUAAUGAUUAUUACCAUGAUUCAAUGGUCUUGAUGAGUAAAGGAGUAGAGAUGAAACUGGAACGGAUAUUGAAACUCUUAACAGCUAUUGACUUGUCAGGAAAUGAACUCAGUGGAAAGAUCCCUGAGUCCAUUGGUCUGCUCAAGGAUCUUAUUGUGCUCAAUCUAUCAAGCAACGGUUUCACUGGUGACAUACCUUCAUCUUUUGGGAAUCAGAGUCAGCUCGAGUCAUUAGACUUAUCGAAUAACAAGCUUUCAGGGUCAAUUCCACCUUCUCUCGGGGAUCUCUCUAGUCUGUCUUACAUCAAGGUUUCCAACAACCAGCUCCACGGUCCAAUACCGCAAAGUACACAGUUCCGAACUCAGUCUGCUUCGUCUUUUGAAGGAAACCUUGGACUGUGUGGUCUUCCUCUCAGUGAAAAGUGCGGAGAGCAAUCACAAGAGCCAGAAGCAGAGGAAGCAGAGGAGGAAGAAGGAGUACUGAGCUGGACUGCAGCUGCCAUAGCCUUAGCACCUGGAGUUAUCCUCGGGUUGACAAUUGGGCACAUUUUGGUUACACAAAAGACUCACUGGUUCAUGAGAUUUCUUGCGUGA